GGUAUUGAAGAGGUGAACAUGUUUACAAACCAAGGAACAGUGAUCCAUUUUAACAACCCUAAAGUUCAGACAUCCCUGGCAGCAAACACCUUCAGGAUUACAGGCCAUGCUGAGACAAAGCAGCUGACAGCGAUGCUUCCCAGCAUCCUCAACCAGCUCGGUGCAGACGGUGUGAGUAGUUUAAGGAGACCAAAUGAAGCUCUGCCCAAACAACCCAUGGAUGCAAAAGCACCUCUUGCUCCUGGAGAGGAGGAGGAGGAAGUUUCAGAUCUGAUGGAGAAUUUUGAUGAGACUUCUAAGAAUGAGCCAAACUGA